CAUGAGAACGAAAAUAAAGAAGUCAAGUACCGCCAGCAGAAUGGGAAGGAGAAUGAGGAAUCUCCUUAUCCAGAGGAGUUUCAUUCGGAUGAUGAUAUCCUAUGUGCCGAACUAAAUAGAUUAGAUCGACAGGCCAGAAAUACCACUGAUAUAUGCAUCGCCGAGGCUCAGCCGUACAGCCUAAAAGAUAUGUGCUUGAUAGUCUCUCUUCAAGUGAGCCACCAUGCUUGUCAAUUGGAGGAUGCCAUCACCUUCAACGUGAAGAGGACCAAAAAGGUUUUUAUAUACUUCCAUAGGAGGCCAUUUAUAUGCUUUGCAGAGCAUAUCAAGGCCAAUAGAAUUUGCAUCACUCCAUUGAUUCAUGCGCGUACACAUAAACAUGUGCCCUCAAGCAUUUCCUUGUCAUUCACAAAUUUGUAUAGUCUCAUCUUCUGCAUUCCCUCCUACCAUCUUCUACCCACCGUUCAUUCCACACAGCGCCUACUCCGCCUCUUCGGUAUUCCUUAUCUGGUCAGUCCACAAGAAGCAGAAGCCCAAUGUGUAGCACUAGAGCGCGACGGUUUUGUAGACGCGGUAGCCAGCGACGAUUCGGAUGUAUGGCCUUUCGGAGGACAGCGAGUAGUUAGAUAUCUUUUUGGAGGCCUUGGGAGGGCCUCGUCGACAUCUGCCACACAUACCAGUAAAAAAGACUCUUCUUCUCGUCAGGUUGCCAGCCAAGAUCGAAGUCAGCCGUUUUUAUAUGACAAUCGCAUAAUUCAAACGAAACUAGGUGAGCUACUAAAUCUUUACAAUACACGCUCACUAUCCUAG